UUCACCUCCAUCAAAACCCUAAACCCUAGUUACCCUGCAACCUUCCGCCUCCUAUAAACCUCAACUUUCCCCCAUUUCCCUUUUUCUAUUUUACCAGACAAACCCUAACCCUAAAACUCCCACCCCCCACCACCGCCAUGGCCGGCCUUCAGCCACCUCACUCCGACAGUUCGAAGAAGAAGAAGAGCAACAAGUCCACCGGCGAAGACGAAGCCAAAGACGGCGGCGAUUUCCUGAUCAAGCCGCAGAGCUUCACCCCUUCCAUCGACACCUCCCAAUGGCCGAUUCUGCUGAAAAACUACGACAAACUGAAUGUCCGUACCGGCCACUACACCCCACUCCCCUGCGGCUACUCCCCCCUGAAACGCCCCAUCGCCGAGUACAUCAAGUACGGCGUCAUGAAUCUCGACAAGCCGGCGAAUCCUUCCUCCCACGAAGUAGUCGCCUGGAUUAAGCGAAUUCUCCGCGUCGAGAAAACCGGCCACUCCGGUACCCUCGACCCGAAAGUCACCGGCAACUUGAUCGUCUGCAUCGACAGAGCCACCCGUUUGGUGAAAUCUCAGCAAGGCGCGGGGAAGGAGUACGUCUGCAUUGCCCGGCUCCACUCGAAGGUUCCCGAAGUUUCGAAGGUCGCCAGAGCACUCGAAACCCUAACCGGUGCGGUUUUCCAGCGCCCUCCUCUGAUUUCCGCCGUCAAGAGGCAGCUCAGGAUCAGAACUAUUUACGAAAGUAAGCUUCUCGAAUACGAUGCCGAUAAGCAUUUAGUUGUUUUCUGGAUUUCGUGUGAGGCGGGUACUUAUGUUAGGACAAUGUGUGUGCAUUUGGGGCUUCUGUUGGGCGUUGGGUCCCACAUGCAGGAGCUUCGUAGGGUUCGAUCGGGUAUUUUAGGAGAGAAGGAUAACAUGGUUACUAUGCAUGAUGUCAUGGAUGGGCAGUGGGUUUACGAUAACUAUAGGGACGAGACUUAUCUCAGGAGGGUUAUUAUGCCGUUGGAGGUUAUCUUGACUAGUUAUAAACGGCUUGUGGUGAAAGAUUCCGCGGUGAAUGCUAUCUGUUACGGUGCGAAGCUUAUGAUUCCUGGGUUGUUGAGGUUUGAGAAUGAUAUCGAGGUUGGUGAGGAAGUUGUGCUUAUGACGACAAAGGGGGAGGCGAUUGCGCUCGGAAUUGCGGAGAUGACGACUGCGGUUAUUGCUACUUGUGACCAUGGUACCGUGGCGAAGAUUAAGAGGGUUGUUAUGGAUAGGGACACUUAUCCUAGGAAAUGGGGGUUGGGUCCGAGAGCUUCGAUGAAGAAGAAGCUUAUUGCUGAUGGGAAGUUGGAUAAGCGUGGGAAACCAAACGAGGCUACACCGGCUGAGUGGUUGAGGAAUGUGGUUUUGCCCACCGGAGGUGAUUCUGUGGUUGCUAGUCUUGCAGCUUCUGUGGAGGUGCCGCCGCCGCCGCCUGCUAGUGUUGAGAACGUGGAGGGUGCUUCGGUUGAGAAGAAGAAAAAGAAGAAAGAUAAGAAAGAGAAGGAAACGGUGGAGGAAGUGGAGGGGCGAAAGCGUAAAUUGGAGGUUGUUGAUGGUGGCAGUCCUGCACCGGAGGCUGUUGGUAAGAAAUCGAAGGUGGAGAAGGCUGAAGAAGUUGUGGAGCCGGAGAGCAAAGAGAAGAAAAAGAAGAAGAAGAAAGAGAGUGUUGAAGAAGAUGCUGCUGCGGCUGCUGACGGUGAGAAAUCAUCGAAGAAGAAGGAUAAGAAGAAAGAAGAAGCUGUGGUGGUACCCGAUGAGGAGAAAUCGGACAAGAAGAAGAAAAGCAAGAAGGAUAAGAAUGCAGAAAAUGGCGACGCUGCUUUGCCGGUGGUUGAAAGUGACGACGGAGCAAAGAAAAGUGAUAAGAAAAAGGAUAAGAAAAAGAAGCAAAAAGAGUAGUCGAUUUGUGCAUGUUUGUUAUCUGCAUAAUAGUGUAGAAUCGAAGCUUCUUUCUGUACCUUCGGCUUUUCGUCUUCAUGAACUUGGUUUAGAACAAUAUGUUAGUUUUCGAUUUUUGUUUUUUUCUUUUUUACUUUUAUGUUUGGUUAUUAUGUUUCUUUAAGGUUUUGUACUUUAUUAUGAUGAUUCAAAUGUUUUUGUUUGAAUUUCUAAGUAAUAUUAACUUAUUUUAUUUA